UUCUCCUCAAGGUGUGUGUCAUCUUUCGCACGAGCACACGCGCGCGUGGCUGGCGGACAGGCUGUGGGUCCGUCCACCAUCUGUGCGCCCCUCCCUCUGUGACUCGCAGCAUCACCGGCAGCUCAGUGGAUGCUGCUGCCUCUCCAUCUAUCCCUGCUUCACGGCCAAACAGAGGCAGGCGUUAUAUCUGAAUGCGUAAUUUGCAGUGGGACGCUUUGAUUCGUGAGCCGCUGCGUCCUUGUUAGUGAACGCGACCCCAUUUGGAGACGUUUACUAAUAACAAGCUGUUGCUUUCAGCUGAAAUUCAUUUUUAAACGCGUCUUUCUCGGUGGGAUUUUUCCAAGUUUGUCCAAAUGCGGCAGCGAUGAGCUGCGAGCGAAUCAGAGGGAGGCGGUUUGAGUUGUCAGAGUCACAUCCAGGGUUCAAGCUCUCCUCACUUUGCUCCUCUGCCUGCUUUUUGGGGGAUGCGACGUCAUGAGCUGAUCCCGCCUGACAGAUGUGCUGCAGCUGCACAGGCACAGAUAGUCCGAUCCUGAUUUUUUAUUAUUAUUUAAAUGAUAAUGCUGCAAAAAGGAAGGAGGGAGAAAAUCUUCUUAUGAGAUAAAUGUGAGGUUCUCUCGUUUUUCCACUGACGGAUCGCAAACCUUCAUUCAUUUUUCGGCUCUGCGUAAGAUGAUACCUGGAUCUGCCGCAUCAAUGCUACCAUCUGCAGAAGCCGCGAAAUUGUACCAGACCAAUUACGUCCGCAACUCCCGUGUAAUCGGACUCCUGUGGGCCAUUUUCACGAUCCUCUUCGGCAUCGUUAACGUGACCAUCUUCUCGCAGCCCUAUUGGAUCGGGGAUGGCAUGGACACCCCGCAGAUCGGCUACUUCGGCCUGUUCCACUAUUGCAUCGGGGACGGACACUCCAGGGACCUGGACUGUCAGGGCAGCUUCACCGAGUUCGCCGCCAUCCCCUCCACUGCGUUCAAGGCCGCCUCCUUCUUCAUCGGAAUGUCAAUGAUGUUGGUGGUCACCUGCAUCGGCUGCUUCAGCCUCUUCUUCCUCCUCAGCACCUCCACCGUCUACAAAAUCUGUGGCUGGAUGCAGGCAGCAUCAGGUGUCUGUCUUGUGCUGGGGUGUAUGAUCUAUCCUGAUGGCUGGGACAGCGAUGAAGUCAGGAGGAUGUGUGGGGAGCAGACAGACAAGUACAGCCUGGGAGCUUGUUCAGUGCGCUGGGCUUACAUCUUGGCAAUCAUGGGCAUCCUGGAUGCCCUCAUACUCUCCUUCCUGGCCUUUGUCCUGGGGAACCGACAGGAUGGGCUAAUGACGGAGGAGCUGCUGGCUGAAAGCAAGGAAGGAGGGAACGCUUAACUGAUGUUUAGGUAAGUUUAUGGUUAACAAGGGUUAUUUAAAUCCAUGUUUUUUCUCAUCAUAUGCUCUGAAUCUACAAGAUUAUUUGUUUAGGGAUUGCACAUUAAUUGGCAG